AUGCAGAGAAUCGGAGAGGAGCUUCAACUGGCCACUAAAGCCUUCACCAUCUCAGGGGCUCAGGGCAACCCGCCGAGGAUUCUCGAUAUGUGCAUGGCCCCGGGGGGCUUUUUGAAAACGGCCUUGACACAUAAUCCGGGAUCAUACGCACUGGCGUUUAGCUUGCCUCACAGCAAUGGUGGACACAAGAGCUUUAUACCGAGGGAGUUCAAUGUUGAAAAACGGUUCUUGGAUGUGACUAUGCUGGCUGCAGACAUGGGGAUGGAAUCUAUUGAUAAUGCACACGAAGAUGCCGGGAACUUCUUACCACGGCAGUUUAUAUCACACCAGCCCUUCGACUUAGUCAUUUGCGACGGACAGGUUUUAAGGACACAUAUCCGCGCUUCAUAUCGAGAGAGACGAGAAGCGAAACGACUGACAACAACGCAACUAGCUCUCGGCCUUCAGAAUCUAAAGCCUGGGGGAACCAUGGUCGUUCUUCUUCACAAAAUCGAAGCGUGGGACACCGCGAACCUGAUCCGGGAAUUCAGCGAGUUUGCCUCUGUGCGUCUUUUGAAACCCAAGAAGGGCCAUGCCAAUCGCUCCUCCUUCUACAUGGUCGCUACCAAUAUCCGGAGUCAAGGCCCUGAGGCCGUCCGCGCUGUCGCAAAGUGGAAAAGGAUUUGGCGGUCGGCCACAUUUGACUCGGAUGAAGAGUAUCAGGAAGAGCUUUGGAAUGGCGAACCACCGGUCGAAGAUUUCCUCAGGGAUUUUGGACCCCAACUUGCGGCGCUGGGCGAAGAUAUUUGGAAAGUCCAGGCGGAAGCACUUGCCAGAGCGUGGUUCGUGAGGUAG